GAGGCGGCGUUUCCGGCCGCCGUCGCUGUCCUGGGAGGCUGAGGCGAGAGGGAGCUGUCCGGGUGGGGAGCCCACACUACCUUCUUCUUUUUCCUCCUCCUCCGGGUGAGGGGAGCGAAGGUUGGGGCCCCGACCCCAUGGACCGGGAGGAGGCGGAGGCCGCCGAGAGCCGGGGCCCUGCUGUGUGGCCCUGAGCCCCGUGAACGGGUUCCGUCUGUCUGGAAGGCCAUGGAGAAGAGGCUGGGAGUCAAGCCAAGCCCUGCUUCCUGGAUUUUAUCAGGAUUUUGUUGGCAGCUAUCUGUGAAAUGGUUGAGAAGCCUGUACCUGUUUUUUACUUGCUUCUGCUUCAGUGCUCUGUGGUUGUCAACAGAUGCCAGUGAGAGCAGGUGCCAGCAUGAGAAGACAGAAUUUGGAGUUGGCCUGAGAUCUGGGGGAGAAAAUCACCUCCGGCUUCUUGAAGGAACCCCCUCUCUCCAGUUGUGUUGGGCUGCUUGCUGCCAGGAUUCUGCCUGCCAUGCCUUUUGGUGGUUAGAAGGGAUGUGCAUUCAGGCAGACUGCAGCAGGCCCCGGAGCUGCCAGACUUUCAGGACAGACUCUUCCAAUUCCAUGCUGGUGUUUUUUAAAAAAUUCCAAACUGCAGAUGUUUUGGGCUAUCCACCUGAAGAAGAUGAACCACAUAUUCUGGGGCUAGGUUGGAGCAGGGUAUCUUGGAGGAGACAGAAUCCACUCAGAGCUCCACUCAGACCCACUGUAUCUUCUAGUGACCAGCAGAGCUUAAUCAGGAAGCUUCGGAAGAGAGAUAGUCCCAGUGAAGAAGUAGCUACACAUACAGUGACACAGCAUUCUGAAAUGAAUGACUCCAAGGAAGUAGGUGAUCUGAAUACCAGUGGUUCUGCAGAGGUCCACAAGGCCGUUGUAAUUUCCAGUCCCUUAACCACAGUCCUGACUGCGGAGACUCCUGGUUGGUCAAAGAAUGUGUCAGUCCAGCCUGAGACAUCAGAGGAUCCUGGUGCUACGCCUAGCACUCAGCACAUAAAAAGCCCUGGGAGAAUCCAGAUUGUUACCCCUCUGCCAGUGGCUCCCUCCUACAGUUAUGCUACCUCCCUACCUCCCUACCUCCCUACCUCCCAGGCCUCUUUCCAGAGCACCUCAGCACCAUACCCAGUUAUAAAGGAGCUGGUGGUAUCCGCUGGAAAGAGUGUCCAGAUCACCCUGCCUAAAAAUGAAGUUCAGUUAAAUGCAUUUGUUCUGCAAGAACCACUUGAAGGAGAAACCUACACCUACGACUGGCAGCUGAUUACUCAUCCCGAAGACUACAGUGGCGAGAUGGAAGGGAAACAUUCCCAGAUCCUCAAACUAUCCAAGCUUACUCCAGGCCUGUAUGAAUUCAGAGUGAUUGUAGAUGGUCAGAAUACCCAUGGGGAAGGCUAUGUGAACGUGACAGUAAAACCAGAGCCUCGUAAGAAUCGGCCUCCCGUUGCCAUUGUGUCACCACAGUUCCAGGAGAUCUCUUUGCCAACCACUUCUACAGUCAUUGAUGGCAGCCAAAGCACUGAUGAUGAUAAAAUCGUCCAAUACCAUUGGGAAGAACUUAAGGGACCUCUGAGAGAAGAGAAGAUUUCUGAAGAUACGGCCAUAUUAAAACUAAGUAAGCUCGUCCCUGGGAACUACACUUUCAGCUUGACUGUAGUAGACUCUGAUGGAGCAACCAGCUCUACCACUGCGAGCCUGACAGUGAACAAAGCCGUGGAUUAUCCCCCUGUGGCCAAUGCGGGCCCCAACCAAGUGAUCACCCUGCCCCAAAACUCCAUCAUCCUCUUUGGGAACCAGAGCACCGAUGAUCAUGGCAUCACCAGCUAUGAGUGGUCACUCAGCCCAAGCAGCAAGGGGAAAGUGGUGGAGAUGCAGGGUGUUAGAACACCAACCCUGCAGCUCUCUGCCAUGCAAGAAGGAGACUACACUUACCAGCUCACAGUGACUGACACGAUAGGACAGCAGGCCACUGCUCAAGUGACUGUUAUUGUGCAGCCUGAAAACAACAAGCCUCCACAAGCAGAUGCAGGCCCGGAUAAGGAGCUGACCCUUCCUGUGGACAGCACAACCCUGGAUGGCAGCAAAAGCUCAGAUGAUCAGAAAAUUAUCUCAUAUCUCUGGGAGAAAACACAGGGACCCGAUGGGGUGCAGCUCGAGAAUGCUAACAGCAGUGUCGCCACUGUGACAGGGCUACAAGUAGGAACCUACGUGUUCACCUUGACCGUCAAAGAUGAGAGGAACCUGCAAAGCCAAAGUUCUGUGAAUGUCAUUGUCAAAGAAGAAAUGAACAAACCACCUGUAGCCAAGAUAACUGGGAGUGUGGUGAUUACCUUGCCCACGGACACAGCAGAACUGGAUGGCUCCAAGUCCUCAGAUGAUAAGGCAAUAGUCAGCUACCUCUGGACCCGAGAUGAGGGGAGCCCAGCGGCAGGGGAGGUGCUGAAUCACUCUGACCACCACCCGAUCCUCUUUCUUUCCAACCUGGUUGAGGGCACCUACACAUUUCACCUGCAUGUGACUGAUGCGAAGGGGGAAAGUGACACAGACCGGACCACUGUGGAGGUGAAGCCUGAUCCCAGGAAAAACAACCUGGUGGAGAUCAUCUUGGAUGUCAACGUCAGUCAGCUAACUGAGAGGCUGAAGGGGAUGUUCAUCCGCCAGAUUGGGGUCCUCCUGGGGGUGCUGGAUUCCGACAUCAUUGUGCAAAAGAUUCAGCCGUACACGGAGCAGAGCACCAAGAUGGUAUUUUUUGUUCAAAACGAGCCUCCCCACCAGAUCUUCAAAGGCCAUGAGGUGGCAGCGAUGCUCAAGAAUGAGCUGCGGAAGCAAAAAGCAGACUUUCUGAUAUUCAGAGCCCUGGAAAUCAAUACUGUCACAUGCCAGUUGAACUGUUCUGACCAUGGCCACUGUGAUUCAUUCACCAAACGCUGUAUUUGUGACCCUUUUUGGAUGGAGAAUUUCAUCAAGGUGCAGUUGAGGGACGGAGACAGCAACUGUGAGUGGAGCGUGUUGUAUGUUAUCAUUGCUUCCUUUGUCAUCGUUGUCGCCCUGGGAAUCCUGUCCUGGACUGUGAUCUGUUGUUGUAAGAGGCAGAAAGGAAAACCCAAGAGGAAAAGCAAGUAUAAGAUCCUAGAUGCCACGGAUCAGGAGAGCCUGGAACUGAAGCCAACCUCCCGAGCAGCACCCACACAGUGGAACCAGAGCAAGCAACUGUGGGGAGCGAGGUUGCGUACUCACUCUAUGUCGGGAACUCGGGCAAGCCCUUUACCAUCCAUGCUGAGCCGGGGCAUCAAACAGAAAGGCCCAAUGCUGAGCAGCAGCCUGAUGCGCUCUGAGUCGGAGCUGGACAGUGAUGAUGCCAUCUUCACGUGGCCAGACCGAGAGAAGGGCAAACUCCUGCAUGGUCAGAAUGGCUCCGUGCCCAACGGGCAGACCCCACUUAAGGCCAGGAGCCCACGAGAGGAGAUCUUGUAGCUGCUUGGUCUGUUUCCUCAGGGUAGGGGUGGGCAGUGCGAGUCCAGAGCAUUGCCAGGCUGGUUCUCAUACCUCCCGUGUCCGUGGGCAGCUGUUCUCCCAGCGUCUGCUGGUCAUUCCACCCUAAUACCCUCAACCAGAGCUGCUGGCACCUGAAUCCAGAGACUCUCUCCGGGAACCCUGAAUGAAGCUGUGAACGAAGAGGUUUCCUCUUUAAAACCCUUCUGGUAGCCGCCCCCCCUCCCCAAAUGUCCUCACCUCAGGGCCUCCUUUUUCGCAAACCCCUCCUCUGCUCCAAGGGCCGUCCAGCCAGCUCCCAGCUGCCUCUCCAGUUCCCUGUUGGCAGUGUUGCUGCUCCCAGGGCACCCGCACAGCAAGUCCUGGCUGUAGAACAAGCACCACCAGCCUCCUGCUCCGAGAGCCUGCCUGUGGGCACAUUCUUUGUUCUCUUCUUUGGGACAGAGCCGUUAUCUUUUCGCUAGGUCCAGAGAAAGUGGAACCCCGUCCUCACCACUGAUGCCCGUGUCCAGCCUGAGAUUAGGGGAGGACUGGCUGUUUCCAGAAUCGAGGGUCCCCUCUGGCUGCUGGGCCAUCUGUCAGACAGCUGGGCUGGCCACAGACCCUUUCCUUCCUUCUGACCUGCUGCUUCAGGGCUCAGGCCCCCAUGCCCUGCCCGCAGGAGACCGUCAGACGCUGACUGGAAUGUGAUGGCAUGAGCGCAUGUGUGCGACUGCCCCAUGGCGGUCUCCUCUGUGUCUGUCUUGUGUGUCCCUUGCAUGUGUGUGUGUGUGUGUGUGUGUGUGUGUGUGUGUGUGUCAGUCAGAAUGUGCGCACAUCAACUCCUCAUAGGGCUCUCGGCUACUUGUGAGGCUACCUGGACAGACUUUUAGCUCCUUGGAGCAGAGACUUCCUGAAUCCCUCUGGCCCUGUCACUGGUUCCUCAGCCAUGGUCAUCCUGGGUGUUGGGGAAUGGGAGCUUUGGGGGAGUGACUUUUUGAAAAGAAACUUAGUUUACACUACUGCACUACUGUCUGUUGUGAGAUGAUUAAACAUGCUAUUUAAUUGUA